UCUCCUCCUGCCUUGUGCCUGUGAGCUCCAAUUUCUGCCGGCUCAGCCUGUGCCUCCGUCUCACUCAGCCUCUCUCCUGAGUCUCUCAGUCGACAGCAACAUCAUGGCUUCUACAAAGACCACGUACUCCAUGCGCACCACCACGAGCAGGGGUCCUGCCAUGUCAAUCAGCCGUGCCCCCGCCCCCGUCUACAGGGCCGCCAGUUACCACGGCGGGGCCAGCGGGAACCGCAUCAGCGUGGCCUCCGGCUCCCGCUUCGGGAUGGGAGGGGGCUCCGUGGCGGGGGGCUCCGCCGGGGGCAUCCAGGUGAGCGUCAGCGGGAACAGCGCCGACAUCAUGGGCAACGAGAAGUUCGCCAUGCAGAACCUGAACGACCGCCUGGCCAACUACCUGGAGACGGUGAGGAACCUGGAGCAGGCCAACCACAAGCUGGAGAUUAAGAUCAAGGAGGCCCUGGAGAAGAGCGGACCCGACCUCCGGGACUACAGCAAGUACCAGGCCAUCCUGGACGACCUGAGGAGGAAGGUCUUCGACGCCACUUGCGACAAUGCCCGCCUGGUGCUCAACAUCGACAACGCUCGCCUGGCUGCUGACGACUUCAGAGUAAAAUAUGAGUCUGAACUGGCCAUCCGCCAGUCUGUGGAGGCCGACAUCGUGGGCCUGAGGAAGGUCAUCGACGACACCAACUUGAGCCGCUUGAACCUGGAGAGUGAGAUCGAAGCCCUGAAGGAGGAACUGAUCCACCUCAAGAAGAACCACGAAAAUGAAGUCAUGGAGCUCCGUAACCAGAUCGCCCAGUCCGGAGUCCACGUGGACGUUGACGCGCCAAAGGGACAAGACCUGUCUCAGAUCAUGGCAGAAAUCAGAGCCAAGUACGAAAAGAUGGCGCUGAAGAACCAGGAAGAGCUCAAAGCAUGGCACGAAUCUCAGAUCACAGAAGUUCAGACCCAGGUCACCCAGAACACAGAGGCCCUGAAGGGUGCUCAGACAGAGGUCAACGACCUGCGCAGACAGAUACAGACGCUGGAGAUCGAGCUGGAGUCACAGAAGAGUCUGAAAGCCUCUCUGGAAGGCACGCUGAGAGAAACGGAGAUGCGUUACAACAUGGAGAUCGAGGCUCUGAACGGCGUCCUGCUGGGCCUGGAGGCCGAGCUCACGCAGCUGCGCAGCAACAUCCAGCUGCAGUCGCAGGAGUACGAGGCGCUGCUCAACACCAAGAUGAAGCUGGAGGCCGAGAUCGCAACAUACAGGCGUCUGUUGGACGGCGAAGACUUCCAGCUCCAGGACGCUCUGGACCAGAAAACAGUGAAGAAGACCAAAGUGAUGACAGUCACACAGACCCUGGUGGACGGCAAGGUGGUGUCCUCCAGCACAGAGACCAAGAACCUUUAAAUCCAACAGGAGACCGACCCACACUCCCAACGAUAAACAUCUGAACAGAUCGGUCCAAAUGAAGCGUCAGUACCAAGCAUUAGACCCUCUGCCGGCCCUCCCGUUAGUUUGACUUCCUGGGUAGACAGCUCCCUCACAGGCUGAUAGAAAACUGGAUUAGAGGAGAACAAAAUCAUCUUUUAUUUAUUUCAUCACCAUUAUUUAUGUGCUAGUGUGUUGACCCACAGAUGUUUACGAAGCUCAGAAAUGGUGAGCUUGUUUUUUUCUUUUUUUUUUCCCAAAGACAAACUAAUUAAAGAGAGUCAACCUUUCAAAGUUACAAGAAAAGUCAAUUAUUUGUUCAUGUAAAUUCUGGAAUCCUUGUUUUUUUUACAUUUCAUCAUUUGCUUUCCUUUCUGUCCAGUUGAGUCUGCCUGUUUCACUGUGAUCUUCUUCAGACUGUUCAAUAAAGCCCAUUAGAAGAAACCUG